AGUCUAAAUAUGUGUUACUUCCUUGUUGAUAUAUAAAUAAAAAAAGGAAAUAGGAAAGACGUCCCCAAUCCUUCCAAAAUCGAUGUCGGGGCUAAAGAGGCAGUCAUUUUUGUACGGGAGAGUCGGACCAUAGAAAUGUAAGGAAUAUAACGCUUUCCAAGAUUUGAAACGAGGUUUCCACGAUGCCCCAUGUUUGUCUUCUGUACUCACCGGAUGACGGUCAGAGCUGGGAGAAAUAUUUCACCAAAUUACUGGACAAGUCCAUUCUGACCCAUGUGUCCCUUAGUGUCAAAGUCGACUCCGUGGAGACGGAGAAGACCUUUAGUGAGUGUUCUGUGGUUGUGGUCAUUCUUACAAUGAAUCUGGUGGAGUGUCUACUGGAGCCGAACAGCUCCGUGUCUGAUAAGUUAAACAGCCAUCAAAGUGUUGCUGUGAUAGUCUGGUCCUCUCUCGCAGAGGAGUUUGGUAAGGUCAAGGACAGAUUUUCGAACUCUUCAAAGUGGAGGGAGAUUCAGUGUGAUGGAAGUUCUGGACAAUGUCAAAAGGUCAUCGCUGAUUUGGCGGGACUCGUGGAUGAACAGGAAAAGAGCAGAAAAAAGAAGCGACAUAAAAGAAAGACUCUGGAAAUCAUACCUGAUAGAGUACAUAAGUCCAAUGAGAAAAUUGCCAUCAUCUUUCAUGAUAAACCGUCAGGAACGGUCCAAGUUAAGUUAGAGGGAGGGGAGUACAUUGACUGCAGACGACAGAAUGACCAGACGUACACAUUCAAAGCGCCAUUGCACGACUUCGGGGUGACGAAGAUAACUGUUUAUGUCGAUGGCAGCCCCGUUCACCACUGUCCGUUCACAUACCAAACGCCGUCACUAGAGGCCUUCCGGUCCAUCAGUUUCCUGGCCCAGUCCCUCGGACUUAAUAAAGACAACAUGCAGGAACUGGACCGGAAGUUGGUGGAGAUCUAUGAAGCCAGUCUGCCCGCCGAUCUGACGCUGCAUCAAGCCGCUAACGUUCAUAUGAUGUCAAACAAAGUAAAGCGGAGUGACUACGGGAUUCCCACCCUCCUCCACUUCGCCGCCCAGUAUGGACUGACCGAUCUCUGCUGCUCCGUCCUUGACACACCUGGGUCCCUGGCCGCCUUCCACAUCGAGAAUAAAGACGGCCUUGAUCCCGCCCAAAUAGCAGACAAAGAGGGAUUCCACGAACUAGCCAGCUUCAUCAGAAUGUUUGUCGAGACCGCGGCGGUGAUUGAGGUCUCUGACGAGCUGUACCUACACAUGACGGGCGAGCACCUGUAUAACAACAGGUCUGAGCUACAGGAAGAGCACAAGGAGACGACAGAAAAGUUACAAAAACUCCACACAAGUAAACCCAAAAAGAAACUACCACCCGUUCCCAAAAAGCAGUCCAGGCCACCCCUACCCAAGUCAAUCAGUGAGCCCAUACUGGAGGAACCGGAAGAAAUCAAACCAGAGACUCCAAAGAGAAAGGAACUUCCUCUCCCUCAAAGUAAAUCCUUCGUGAUCCGUGAACCAACAAAAAAACCUGAAGGUCCACAGUUUGCAAAACGAAAUCCUAGCCCUAGUCCCCCGGUGGUCAAAAGAAGUUUCUCCAGUGAUUCCCUCAGACCAGAGAGAGGCCAGGAACCCCCAUCCAACAGAUCAAUGUCGCCGGCGGAGUUGAUGGGGAUGUCCGGCUCUGGACUAAACAUAGAGAGAAGCCCGGGGAGCUUAGGGUCCUCCUCCCUGGACGAACUCAUUGAGAUCCAGAAAGGGGUGUCAGAGAAGGAGUUCUCUAUAGACGAGGCGGAGCGGCUGUACAGCGCUUGGAGGGAGAGGAACCGGAGUUUUAAGAUGUCCAUGAAGGACCGGCAGAAAGGCUUAGAGGAUAUGAGAAACACAUAUGCCGGGGUCAUUCACCAGGCCAAGGCCCGAGGCGAGCGCCAGUCGCUGUUUGAGAGAAUCAAGUCGACCUUUGGUGGCAGGAAGUCAUCCAGAGAAGACAUAUACCAACCCAAAAUUAAGCAUACAACUUAUGAACGUGUUGCGGACUGGACCCAAAACAGAGCUAGCACACUUAGCUCAGGAAGUUCCUCCUCGGGGUCUUCCCGUGACAGCCGGAUGAGCAUAAGUUCCCAGGACAGCGUGUAUCACUCCUCGGACACCGACUCUGACGAUUCGACCUCGCAGAGACGAGGGGGAACAACUGGUGAUGACAAGGGAAAUUUAAAAUAUCAUCAUUUGGAACAACGAGACCAAUUUUAUAAACGUCGACUAAUCAACAAACAUUUAGAUGUGAAUAGAAGCAGACAUUAUUCCUUGGCGAAACGACUAUCUUACAAGGACCAUUACCUCCAGCAACCAAUAACAGAGGACCACGUGGGCCCUCCGCCCGUCCCCCCACGAUCUACUAGACCCAAGUAGUCAGUGCCCCUCCCCCCCCCCUCCAAAGUCGUUGUGAAUGACACAAAGUGAAAGUCACAUACAUUUUUAUGUCUAGUUUUAUUUCAAUUUUUAAAUGUUAAGAACUGGAGAUUCUUUGUCAUUGAAUUUUUGGAAUAAAUCUUUGAGUUACAUGCUUU